GCCCCCUCAGACACACUCUUACACUCUAAACACAUUAACACACUCUCACGCACAUUUGCUGGGAAGCGUUCGCAAAGAUGCCUUGCCUUACUGCCACCCGAAAACAGAUGCUCAGACUGCCGAGCUCUUACAAGACAUUGCUGGAGAAGGUUCACAUGGUGGACCAAAUCCUGUCUGAGUUCCAGCUCAGUAAAGAGGAGCUGAAGGAGGUGAUGAGACGGAUGCAGAGGGAGAUGAACAGAGGACUUCGGGUGGAAACACAUGACGAAGCCAGCGUUAAAAUGCUGCCCACUUACGUCUGCUCCACUCCUGAAGGCUCUGAAGUUGGAGACUUCCUGGCAUUAGACCUAGGUGGCACUAAUUUCCGCGUGAUGCUGGUGGUGGUGGGUGAGGAUGAGGACAGAGGCUGGAAGGUGGAGACCAAGCACCGCAUGUACUCCAUCCCUGAGGACGCCAUGACCGGGACUGCGGAAAUGCUCUUCGACUACAUCGCAGAAUGCAUAUCUGACUUCCUGGAUGAGCACCACAUCAAACAUAAGAAACUUCCUCUGGGAUUCACUUUCUCAUUUCCAGUCCGCCAUGAAGACCUAGAUAAGGGAAUCCUGCUGAACUGGACUAAAGGGUUCAAAGCCUCCGGCGCUGAAGGCAACAACGUUGUCGAUCUGCUUAGAGAUGCCAUAAAACGGAGAGGGGACUUUGAGAUGGACAUAGUUGCAAUGGUGAAUGACACGGUGGCCACAAUGAUCUCCUGUUACUAUGAGGACCGGAGCUGUGAGGUUGGCAUGAUAGUGGGAACUGGCUGUAAUGUGUGCUACAUGGAGGAGAUGCACUCAGUGGAGCUGGUGGAAGGGGAGGAGGGGAAGAUGUGUGUGAACACCGAGUGGGGAGCGUUUGGAGGGAAUGGAGAGCUGGAAGACUUUCGUUUGGAAUAUGACCGAGUGGUGGACGAGUCAUCGCUCAAUCCAGGAAAACAGCUCUAUGAGAAGCUGAUCAGUGGGAAGUAUAUGGGCGAGCUGGUGCGUCUUGUUCUGAUGAAGCUGGUGAAUGAAAACUUGCUCUUCAACGGUGAAGCUUCAGACUUGCUGAAGACACGGGGCAGCUUCGAGACUCGCUUUGUCUCCCAGAUUGAGAGUGACACAGGAGACAGGAAACAAAUCUACAACAUCCUGAGCUCACUGGGGGUCCUGCCAUCUGAGCUGGACUGUGACAUUGUGCAUUUGGCCUGUGAGAGCGUGUCCACGCGCGCGGCGCAGAUGUGUGGAGCUGGACUCGCCGGAGUUAUUAACAUCAUGAGAGAGCGCCGCUGCUUGGACGAGAUGAAGAUCACUGUGGGAGUGGAUGGCUCCGUCUACAAACUCCACCCGUGGUUCAAAGAGCGGUUCCACAAAGCCGUCUGGGACUUGACGCCUAACUGCGACAUCACCUUCAUCCAGUCAGAAGAAGGCAGUGGCCGAGGAGCCGCGCUUAUCUCCGCUGUGGCCUGCAAGAUGGCCGCCCGCACGAUAGAGCCAUGAUGGAUGAGAUCAUGGACUGGCCCGUGAACUCAACUUAGCUGCAGGAUCUCUGCGAUGAUGAAGGAUGCUCAUCUGGAGCGGCCUUGUAAGGCUCCCUUCGCACAGGAUGUGCAUUUCUCACUGUGGGAUUUGCCAUGUGGAGCACACAGCUAUAUUAUGGCGCCCAGAUCAGACCUUUAUGUUCAUAUCCCAUUGUUUAUAUCUGCUUUCUGUGCAAAGAAUGUUAAAUACAUACAUACAUACAUACACAUAUUUAAGCUAACAAGCAAAUAAGAUUCACCUUUGAGCAAUAACCUUUUUAACACAGACACCAGUGUGGAUGUAUUUUGUGUUUAAUACAUUGUGUGGUGGUUAGAGCAUAAUUCUGUUCUUAUUUAGUUUUGCUUAUUUUAUUUAUUUUAUUAUUAUGAACUGUGUUUGCAUUCUGUCACAAAACAUGCUUCAUUUAAAUAUUAUGCUAUAAAGCAGAGGAAUCAACAAUGUAAAAAUGCUCAAUUAAUGUAAAUAAAGUUACUGUAUUAUACAUCA